AGUGAGUGCACUCGCUUGCUCUGACCUGCCAUGGCUUCGAUCUAUGCGAGAGAUCCUCGCUCUGCGCUCCUGACGGGCGGAGGCGAGCGACAGACGGGAGCAGAUGUGCGGAAUAGCAACGUCAUGGCGGCUCAGAGCGUCGCCAAUACGCUCAAAAGCUCUUUCGGUCCCUUGGGAUUGGACAAGAUGCUAGUUGACUCUGUCGGUGAUGUGACAAUUUCGAACGACGGAGCGACCAUCCUCUCACUGCUCGAGGUAGAUCAUCCUGCCGGCCGCAUCCUCGUCGAGUUGGCACAACAGCAGGACAAAGAAGUAGGCGACGGUACGACGACAGUCGUCAUCAUUGCCGCCGAACUCCUCAAACGCGCCAACGAUCUCGUGAAGAACAAGAUACACCCUACGACGGUGAUUACGGGCUACAGAUUAGCCUGUAAGGAAGCGAUCAAGUACUUGCAAGAUCAUCUCUCAGUCAAGACGGACACGCUACCGAAAGACACGCUCAUCAGCGUCGCAAAGACUUCAAUGUCGAGCAAAAUCAUUGGCAGCGAUGAUGACUUCUUUGCCCACAUGGCCGUCGAUGCUAUGCUCGCUGUCAGGACCAUCAACGCCAGAGGAGAGACAAAGUAUCCCGUCAAAGCGGUCAACGUGCUGAAAGCGCACGGCAAGUCUGUCACCGAGUCAAUAUACGUCAAAGGUUACGCUCUCAACUGCACGGUCGCAUCACAAGCAAUGAAGAAGCGAAUAACGAACGCCAAGAUUGCCUGCCUCGACAUCAAUCUGCAAAAGACACGAAUGAAUUUGGGCGUGCAUGUCACAAUCGACGACCCGGAGCAGCUCGAAGCGAUCCGAACAAGAGAGUAUGAAAUCACACUCGAACGCAUUCGCAAGAUCCUCGCAGCAGGCGCAAAUGUCGUGCUCACCACAAAGGGUAUCGACGAUCUCUGCUUGAAGGAAUUCGUCGAAGCGGGCGCAAUGGCCGUCAGAAGAUGCAAGAAGGACGAUCUCAGGAGGAUAGCCAGAGCGACGGGCGGUCAACUGAUCAGCACGCUUGCAAACCUGGACGGUGACGAGACCUUCGAAGCGUCCAGUCUCGGUAGCGCAGAGGAAGUCAUUCAAGAGAAGGUGUCUGACGAUGAGCUCAUCCUCGUGAAAGGAACCAAAGUUGUUUCUUCUGCUUCUAUCAUCUUGCGAGGUGCAAAUGACUACAUGCUAGACGAAGUCGAGCGCUCGCUUCAUGAUUCGCUAUGUGUCAUCAAACGCACGCUCGAGAGCGGUACGGUCGUGCCUGGCGGUGGCGCCGUCGAGACCGCGCUCAGCAUCUACCUCGAGAAUUUCGCGACCUCACUCGGUUCCCGAGAGCAGCUAGCCAUCGCUGAAUUCGCCAAUGCUCUUCUGGUGAUCCCGAAGACUUUGGCAGUCAAUGCCGCAAAAGACUCGACAGAUCUCGUCGCCAAGCUCCGCGCGUAUCACAAUGCCGCUCAAUCGGCCGCCCACGAUGAUCCUCGCAAAGCUUUACGUUUCUAUGGACUCGAUCUGCUCAAGGGCGAGGUGAGAGACAACGUCAAAGCGGGCGUCCUAGAGCCGUCUAUCAGCAAAAUCCGCAGUCUCAAAUCUGCGCUCGAAGCGAGCACAGCACUGCUCAGAAUUGACGAUUCUAUCGUCGUGCCAAAGGAGCAGAGGGGCGGCGAGGAUCCGCACGGCCAUUAAAGACGCGCGUGUAUUGCAGCCC